AUGAUCUUCGCCGCCCGCCAACUUCAGGAGAAGUGCCAGGAGAUGCGGACCCACCUGUACUCUACCUUCGUGGACCUGACGAAAGCCUUCGACUCAGUGAAUCGUGAAGGACUGUGGAAGAUCAUGCAGAAGUUCGGCUGUCCGGAGCGAUUCACUCAGAUGGUGCGUCAGCUGCACGACGGUAUGAUGGCGCGAGUCACGGACAACGGAGCUGUCUCAGAGGCAUUCGCAGUGACCAACGGAGUGAAGCAGGGAUGCGUGCUGGCACCAACCCUCUUCAGUCUUAUGUUCUCUGCCAUGCUGAUGGACGCUUACCGCGACGAACGCCCUGGAAUCCGCAUCGCCUACAGAACGGACGGUCAUCUCCUGAAUCAACGGCGCAUGAACUUCCAAUCGCGUGUAUCCACAGCCACCGUGCACGAACUCCUCUUCGCCGAUGACUGCGCCCUGAACACCACCUCCGAAGCGGAGAUGCAACGCAGCAUGGACUUAUUCUCCGCCGCCUGCGAAAACUUUGGGCUGGUUAUCAACACGCAGAAGACGGUGGUGAUGUAUCAGCCGCCUCCCGACUCAGCCACCGCCCCCAACGCGCCGCCGCAAAUCAACGUGAAUGGGACUCAACUGCAAGUGGUAGAGAACUUUCCGUACCUGGGCAGCACGCUCUCCCGCAACACCAAGAUCGACGACGAAGUCGCCAGCAGGAUCUCGAAUGCCAGUCAAGCCUUCGGACGCCUCCGAAGCACAGUUUGGAAUCGUCAUGGUCUCCAACUGAGCACAAAGCUGAAGAUGUACAAGGCCGUCAUCCUGCCGACGCUGCUGUACGGAGCGGAGACCUGGACGGUGUACACCAGGCAGGCACGUCGACUAAACCACUUCCACCUCAGCUGUCUCCGCCGCAUCCUGAGGCUGAACUGGCAGGACCGCAUCCCCGACACGGAAGUACUGGAACGAACGGGAAUCCUCAGCAUCUACGCCAUACUGAAACAAAUGCAGCUGCGCUGGAGCGGCCACCUGGUGCACAUGGACGACGAGCGACUACCCAAAUGA